AAAGAUUGGAAACCUGGCCCUUAUCCAAAAACUGAAAAAGAGCGUUUAGCUGCUGCUAAAAAAUAUAAUUUGGUGCCACAGGACUAUAAACCAUAUCCGGAUGAUGGGAUGGGAUAUGGAGAUUAUCCAAUGCUUCCCCAUAAAUGUUCAGAAGCUAGGGAUCCAAAUGAAAUAUGGGACAUUCCUCAUGUUCGAAGAAAUUAUGGAGAACCGGUCUGA